AAGAACAUGCCUUUUACCAACACAAUGAUAGCCAAUAAGACAACGGUGUUAAGCUGGACAACAACCACCUGCAACUCGAAGUCCACUGAACAGGUCAGAACAGCUGGUAAGAACUUUGUCUUCUUUGUCGAGGAACCAUCAAGUUUUGAACCUGAAAGUAUUGGUAAUCUGCACCGGAGCUCCACUAAAAAGAGUUCAACGAAAGUCCUGAUUGGUACACAAGCAGUUGACAACACGGAGGUGAAGUGUCCCUUAAAGCCAGUCAAUAAUUGCCUUUCAAAGUCAAGACCAGCUGGUAGUGAGCAGAAAAUGUUGAAUCCAAAACUUGGCACCAGCAGCCCAAGCCUGGAUAUCAACAGUGUCACUGAAAAUGAACUUUCCAUGCAGAAACCAUUGAAGAGUACUUCCAAUGAAAGAUAUCCCCCCAAUAAAACAAGCAUCAUUAUUAGGAAUCCAAGUAUCAAGCAAAAGAUUUCAGAAUGGGAGGGUAAGAAGGAAACAGUGAUUUCAGCAAAUAAAGAAAAAUUGGAAAAUAAAGAAGCAAAAGAACUUGACAAGUUGGAACUGGUGAAACAAGUUGAAGGGAAUGUCCUUAAAAAGACUGAAUGUAAACAUUCAAAAGUUUGGAACUUAGACAGCAAAGAUGCUGGGAAAGAGAAUGAAUACAAGGUAGAUGAUGGAAAGGCUGGGUCCUUGGAGACUGAAAGCAGAUUGUCUGGAUGCCAGCAGAAUGAGAUGAUAAAGUCUGAUCUGACACAGCAAGUUGGCAGAAAGGUAAAAGAGGUGACCUGUACUAAAUUUGUGACAACACAGCCCUUGAAAAGGGACCGAACAAACGUGUUGAGUCACAUCAAGAAGCUGGAAGAAAAGGCAAAGGAAGAUUCAGCUUCAAGCCAACUUAAGCUGCCAGGUGAUUACUAUACCCCUCAGAGACUUCAGGAGGCAUUGGCUGCCCAGGGGCCAACACCAUCUAAGGAGAAAAAGGAUGGCAGCUGUAGCUCGGAGCUCAAGCGCAAGCAUAUCCAAUCCAAUUCUGAUUCUGAAGCAAGUGAGCUGAGCUUUGGGACGCUGGACAAGGUGAAGGUUUCCUGGGCAAGCUGUAAAAUUAGAAAUGUGGAGAAUAUCUACUCAGAACCUGGAACUCUGGAACAGGAGCUUGCAGUGAAUCCUGUGCCCAAACCUAGGCGAACUUUUGAAUAUGGGACAGAAAAAAUGGCUGGUCUGCAUUCAUUAAGGAAGAGCACCCGGCAAUUACCAGACUUACCAACCGUUCCCCCACCUUUGCCAUUGUCACCUCCCCCUACGGUCAGUACAGGGGCACUAAAUGGGAAACCAAAGAUAAACAGUAAGGAUAACCGUCGGAAAUCCUUUGAGUUUGAAGAUAUAAAAGAUUUUCAAAGGCAGCAAUCUCCUAAUUUCUGCAGAAAUGGGCAAGUGGAUUGGUAUGCUCAAUCAAAGUUCGCACUGAACUACACUGUAUCAGAGGAAAACAUCUAUGAAGAUAUCCUGGAUAUUCCAAAGGAAAACCCUUAUGAAGACAUAGAGUCAUCUGACAGGCACUCAUUGGGAAAACAGUGUAUCCAAGUUCAUCCUUCAUUAGCUGGAUCUGUGUCUAAGCCAGGGUGUCCAUCAGAAAUUAGGCCAGAGACUCCUACAAAGCUUCCAGUGAAGACUCCCUCCCUUUUUCGACACUCCUCAGAGAGAAGAAGUUUCAAAUUGCUGGAUCUGAGAAAAAUGAAUAAAGAUGGAAUAAGCUCACCACCAAAAGCCAGCCCACCAUCUACUCCCAGCAGUCCAGAUGACACAUUGAGCCUGGCAGGAGACUCUCAAGUAUUAAAGAGAAGGAAGAAAAUUCCUAAGGUGGUACUGAAAAUUAAUGCAAUCUAUGAAGCCAGGAGGGGGAGAAAGAAAGUGAAGAGGAUCACUCAGUCUUCAGAAACCAGCACAGGAAGAGUUACAGAUGAAAACAGUGAAACUGACAGUGAGACUGAAGAGAAACUUAAAGCUCACAGCCAGCGCCUUGUGUUGGUCAAAUCCAUGCUGAAACAAAAGAGUCGCUAUCGGACUUUAGAGAGAGAUCUCAUCGAAUUUCAGGAGUGGCAAUUAUUUGAGUUCUUUGUCGUGGUUGCCCUCCACAUGAAGAAGGGAAGUAGUGUGUAUGUUCCUGAGGUUACCCAACAGUUCCCCCUCAAGCUGGAUAAACCAUUCAAGUUCAUGCGAGAAACGGAAGAUCAGUUAAAAGUCAUCCCACAGUUUUGUUUUCCUGAUGCCAAAGACUGGGCUCCUGUCUCUGAAUUUGCGAGUGAGACCUUUUCUUUUGUCCUGACCGGAGAAGAUGGGAGCAGACGAUUUGGGUAUUGCAGGCGCCUAUUGCCCACUGGGAAGGGGAAACGUUUGCCUGAGGUUUACUGUAUUGUCAGCCGGCUGGGCUGCUUCAACCUUUUCUCAAAGAUCCUGGAUGAGGUGGAGAAGCGACGAGUGAUUUCCCCUGCCCUUGUUCAACCAUUCAUGAGGAGCAUUAUGGAAGCUCCAUUCCCUGCUCCAGGGCGAACCAUCACUGUUAGAAACUUCCUUCCAGGAUCAGGGAAUGAGGUAAUCCAGCUCUGCAGGCCACUGGACUCUCGUCUGGAGCAUGUAGACUUUGAGUGUCUCUUUUUGUCACUGACUGUUCGCCAGCUCACUAAAGUCUUUGCUUCUCUUCUGCUAGAAAGGAGGGUGAUUUUCACAGCAGAUAAACUCAGUACCUUAUCCAAGUGUUGCCAUGCAGUGAUGGCACUUUUGUAUCCUUUUGCCUGGCAGCACACUUACAUCCCUGUACUACCUCCAUCCAUGAUUGACAUAGCCUGCUCUCCCACUCCAUUUCUGAUAGGACUUCUCUCCAGCUCCUUGCCCAAGCUGAGGGAUCUGCCACUUGAAGAGGUAAAGAGUGUUGAUACAUUGACUGAAAAUACAUAGGAAUGAAAAAUGGGC